GUUGAAUUCGGUGUUGUAUUUCGAAGGGUUUAUGGCUUCGUCCGUAGCGAUUUUGGCUCAAGCCAUUCUAGCUCGAGCUUAAGCCACCGCGGUGCAAGCGCUGCCCCCGGCAGCAGCCGAGCCUCUGUAGCUGCAGCGCGUGGCGUCCGAUGCGCGGCGUGGGGCAGGCGCUGGCCCGCUCGACCGCCUGGCCUGCAAUGCUGGCCAUGCUGUGUGGCCUGCCCUUCGUGCUCUUUGGGCCUCUCCGCGCCAGCAAGGUGCUGGGCAGCGGACGUGUGAUGCAGCCACGACCUGGGAGCGCCUCGGGCCCCACUGCGCGCGGUGCCGGGAAGGGCACCGUCCCAGACCCGCAGGACGGGAGGCUGUUUUUUUUCCAUAUCACUCACCAUGCUGGAACCAACAUUAAGAGCAUCCUCAAAUUGUCUGGCCUCUGCGAAAUCAACGCAGAUCCCUUCCUCGUGGCCCCAGAUAACUCGACCCUUCGGUGGUUCAACGUGUGGAAGGAGGAAAGCGAGAUACCGCCAGAAGAUUUGAGCAGCUUCAUGCCGUGCGAUUCGGACGGAUUUGUCAGCGUGGUUUCCUUGCGGGAUCCGAUUGAGCGAACUUUUGCUGGUGAUGGUAUGUGGAAGACAUUCGCCAAUGGUACCAACAUGGACAUGUGCAGUUCAGAUAAUUAUGGUUUGCGUAAACUUAUAGAUAAGCCGUUACCCGCAAAUUUGUCAUGGGAAGAUGUAGAGUUUGCGAAACGACGCUUGGCGUCAUUCGAUUUGAUUAUUGAUCAGGGCAACUAUGCGACUUCUAUGAAGUUGCUCUGCGCUGAGCUUGGGCUUUCAUAUUGCGGGGUCGCCCAGAAAGUCCACAGAUACCCGAG